AUGGACGCCCCUUCCAGCUCUUCUUCCUCGGCUCAGCAGUCCCCCUCUGUCCAGAUGGUUCCUCAGCCAGCUCCUACCCAAGGCAACAACCCUUCAACGGCUCCUUUCCUCCAGGACUUUACUCUUAUUGCCGAGGCUGCCAAGAGAGCUCAGAUGGCCAUCAUGAUUCGCGACUUUGAAGACUGUGGUCUGAGGAAAGAAGGACGAAUCAAGAAGAUGGCUGUCGACAACCUUUACAGCUCAUCGGAUCACUACGGCAUCUUCAUUGGAGGAGAUUUGCGACAGUGGCAUGUUUGGCUGAUCCCAUCUCACCAAUCAUGA